GAGAGCUCCUGUGUCAGCAAUGGCAGACAUUUUUGACCCGCUUCUAUCUUUGGAAGAGGAGUAAGCCUUCUAUGCUUCCACAGAAUUCUUCUAUCAUGCAGCUAAUACAUAUCAUGCAGUUACUAUCAAGAAGGAUAUGCCCAUGGCCUUUCUGACGGUGAAAAGGCAGGGAGAAUAGAGGGUCGGGUUUUCGGCCUUGAGAAGGGCUUCGAAAAGUUUUUGGAGCUUGGAAAGCUUCAAGGCCGGUGCUCGGUCUGGAAAGCAAGGAUAAAGUCAUCGGAUGCCCUCGCCACCACCUCUGCAACUGCCUCACAUGGAACAACAGGCAAUUUUCAAAUCACCAACCCCAGGGCUCAGAGACAGAUCGAAUCUUUAGCACUUCUGCUCAUACACCCACCUUUCAAGAACGACGAACAGUCUGUAGAGGAAGUUGAGGAGACUCUCAAGAGGGGCAAGGGGAAAGGGAAGGUCUUGGUGAAUAUGCUGAACGAGAAGGACGAGCAGAGUGAUGGUAAGGCCGGCAGCGCAGUGGCAAGUGGGGAGGAAAGCAUCGAAGAUGCAGGAAGAGGUGCCCGCGGUGCUGGCAGAAAAUGACCCCCACCAGAGCCAGCCAGUAUGACCCUCCUGCUAUCAUCUGUAAUUGUCCUCGCUAUACACGGUGAUGCUGUUGUUGAAACGGGUGAACCUUCCGGGUCUUUGAGCGAUCAUAGAAGCCAUCAUCGUCAUCUAGCAUGAAGGCCACAUGUCACACUAUUUUCCUGUGAUAGUAUGUCCAGAGAUUCCCAUCUAUUUGCCACGAGAUAUUCCACAUGGCAACGCCUACGAGUAGAAGGUGAGGAAAGGCUACGAGUAUGCUAUCUACAGAUAAUACCCCAAAGAUCAUAUUCUCCACCAAAGAGACACAAUUAGAGAAACCCAAAGAUCUUGUAAAAACGGUGCAAAUAAAGCCGCCCUCCCGGAAAGCACAAAUUGGCCGUGUUCCAGACGUGUCAUACCGGUAUGCCAUUC